AAAAUCGAUAACCUGUGAUGGUUCUGUUACCCGGUGUAAUGUUUUGAGGAAGGGCCAACCCAUAUGACAAAGGAUGUAUGUGGAAGUGACAUCAUCGCGAUCAUCUGCUUCCCCUGUCCCGCCAUAUCCGGGGUAUGAUUUAGAAGAUUCUUACCGGGAACCCGUAUAUGUACCACGUGUCCGGCCGGAGGGUGAAUCUUACUACAACCGAAAUCGAGGGUCAGUCGGGAAGUGGGCCUUCGGUUGUUUUACUGAGCGAAGGACACCGCGUCCUGUCCCCCGGUGCCCGACAGAUUCCUGUAAAUCGAACUACCAGCAUGGUAAAAACGGAACCAUAAAACCUCUUUUAAAUGGAAAAGCUACGCCGAGACCGGAAACAGCACCUCCUCGGAUCAAAUCCGAGGCGGAACCCAUUGCUUCAGUAAGUAGAGGAAAACGCAUGAAGAGAAUUAUACAUAAAUAUGCCCAGUCUGCUCCUACACCUCGUGUACCAAGGGUUAAACCCGAGGCUGAAGAAAUAGUCGUGCCUCAUAAAGGAGGACGAAUGGAAAAUCUGAUUCAUAGUUAUGGAAAACUGCCAUUGUCAGAUAGAGGAGUUCCUAGAGUAAAACCGGAAGGAGAGAGUAACGCGUACCUUGACAAAGGCAAACGAAUGAAGACCACAAUUCACAGUCCCAAGACUCCGGGAGCACCACCGUCCACAAGAGCAGUUCCUAGGGUCAAACCAGAGGCAGAAGACAAUGCCGAAUUAGACAAAGGCAAAAGAAUGAAUAACUUACUACAUAAGUAUAAUCGUAUGCCUAAAUCUUCUAGAGCUGUUCCUAGAGUAAAGCCCGAGGGAGAUCCGAAUUACACGCUAGAUCUCGGUGGAAGGAUGAGCAGAAUAAUGCAUGAGCCUCCAAGUUCUCGACUUGUCUCGAGUGCAGUGCCACGUGUUCGAUAUCCUGAAGCACAAAAAAUAUUAAGAAAGAAUCGAGGACAGAUGGGACGAAUUUUGAGUCACAUUGGGCGGAAGUCUGUUGUUCCGGUUCCUGGGUACCAGAAUCGACAAUUCGAACGCUGCCCAACUAUGUAGUUCUCUGACGAAAGUUAGAUUAAACUACUUUGUGCAGAAAUUCAUUAUCUGGUUGAAUAUGUCGUAAAAUUCGAGUUUCGGAAAAUGCAGCCAUUUCUGUUUCAAACAUGUACAAUGUAUUUCGUUUUUAGUUUUUAUGGCAUUGAAAAGCAGUAUUAAUCUUCACUUGGUGCUUCCAUAUUGGUGUUUUUAUAUUUAUAUAUUUAUUUUGUUGAAUGUUGAUCGAUGAGUAGA